UUAAAGUGAGGGGGGACGGAGGGGGACGGAGUCCCCCUUCUUAUUUACGGUAAGAUUAUGCGUCCCCUUUAAUUUAAGUCUCCAAAGUCCGGGGGGACGCUACCAAAUUUUAGUAAUGUAUAAAAUAGCUCACUCAUCCACACACACACACAUCGAUUAUUCACCGAAUUUAAACGUAUUUUAUUUCGCGUCAAUAAUCUCCAUGUUUCUAAUGAUAGGGGCGCGUGCAAUAUGUGAUUAUUAAAUAAUAAAUUAUAGUGACUAAUAUAGUGUAUAGUGGUGUCUAAUUAUAGAUACACGGUCGCUCGUGUAGAUAGCCUGAUAACACGUACUCGGGCUAUACGUAGAAACAUACGAACGCCAGAACGUGGGAAUACCGUUUAGCGAGACACACAAUAGUCAAUAAUAUAACAUAAAUGAUAAAUCAUAAUAUUCAUAAUACUAUUGAUAUUUAUUAUUUAAUGCUCUAUUAUUGAUAUGAUAUUGAGAAUGGUUGUGAUAGUGUGAUUAACGAUUUUAAUGAGUAAUGACCAAUAAAUAAUUUUAUUAGUUAAUACUUACCAUCAGUUGACAGUUGGUAAGUUUUCAUUUUUUUGAUUUUGGUGUUACCUACCUAUAGUGUACUUUUUACAAGUUAUUACGAUAUAAUAUAGUAGAAUUGUAUCAUGGCUGGCCUACUAAAAUACAAAUUUACCAAGAUCAAAAAGACUGAUGGUAGUGAGAAUGUUGCACAAAUUAUUCAAAGUCCAUGUACAGAAAAUACGGUCUCUUCUGUCAAAAAAUAUGUCGCUGAAAUACCAAUAAUACCAGACUCUAAAUCAGAGUUUCCUGAAUGCUGGGAUUUUAAGCAGAUUACUUAUUUUACUAAAGAAUAUCCUUGGAUUUAUUUUAAAAAUAAACAUAUUGGAUGUAAGAUCUGUAGAGAUGUAAAUCAAAAUUUAUUAAAUCAAAAAGGAUCACAUGUGGCAUCUGAAUGGUCUAAUGGAGAAGUUUAUUCAUCAGGUUCUACAUUAGAAAAGAAAAAAACUAAUUUAAGAAAAAAAAUUUCUAAACACAAGAAUUCUGCUGCUCAUUUAAAUGCACAAAAAGUUAUAUUUUUGUCUGAAAAAAAAGUUAUUGAUGAACAUAUUUCAAUGUUGAUGGUGACUGAUCAAGAAAAUACUGCAAGAAUAUUUCGCACAGCUUAUUUAAUAGCUAAAAAUCAACGCCCUUAUACAGAUAUGCCAAAACUUACAGAUCUCCAAGAAUUAAAUGGACUUGAUAUGGGAAGAAUACUUCAGACUAACGUAUCAUGUUCUAAUAUUAUUGAUCACUUGGCCUUAGAAAUGAGAAGGAAGAUUGCUAUGGACAUUGUGAAAAAUAAUAGAAAAAUUUGUAUUUUAGUUGAUGAAUCCACAACAUUAAGUAAAAAAUCUAUGUUAGUUAUAUGUUUACGUUGUGCAGUUGGUGAACUUAAUGAAGUAUACACAUUUUUGUUUGAUAUUGUUGAAGUAUCAAAUACUUCAGCUAAAACUAUAAAAGAUUCUAUAUUACAAGUAUUGGAAAAAUAUGGUAUGGACACUCAUUUUUUGAAAAAAAAUUUAAUUUCUUUUGUAAGCGAUGGAGCUUCAAACAUGUUAGGCCGUAAAGCAGGAGUUGGUGUAUUAUUACAGAAAAGUUUUCCUCAUAUUAUACUUUGGCAUUGUUGUAAUCACCGUCUAGAACUUGCUGUUGCGGAUUGUUUAAAAGAAGUAAGUGGAAUUAAUCAUUUCCAAUCAUUUAUUGAAAAACUAUACUCACUGUAUCACAUGUCACCAAAAAAUAUGAAUGAGUUGAAAGAAUGUGCUAAUUCCAUUGAUCAACAGUUAUUAAAAAUAGGUAAAAUAUUUACAAUUAGAUGGGUAGCUUCAAGUCUUCGGACAAUAAAAGCUGUUUGGAAUAACUUUGAAUCUCUUUUUCAACAUUUUUCUAAUGCAAUAAUGGAUGAUCAAAGGAGCUCUAAAGAAAAAGCAAAGUAUGUUGGUUUGAAAAAUACUUUAAAAUCAAUAGAAUUUGUUCACAACCUUGGCAUACUGUUUGAUGCUCUGACAGAAUUAUCAGAUUUGUCCAUUCAGCUCCAAAAAAGAGAUCUAUCUCUUAUGGCUGCUCAUAAAUUAAUUGAACGGACCAUUAGCGUUUUGGAAUCUAUGGCUAAUAAAAAUGGUGAAAAAACCAAAGAAGUAAAUUCUGCUUGUGAACAAAAAGAAUUUAAAGGCAUUAUAUUAGAACAUAAAUAUUCUGUGGUAAAAAUUGAAAUCGGCCAAUUUUUUAGAAGUUUGUCUGACAAUCUAAAACAAAGACUUUUUACUACACAAUCGUCUCAUGUAUCAAUUUUAGAUAAAGCUGAUCCUUAUAAAGAUUUAUUUAAUAAUUUAUUGAUUGAUUUAACCAUGCUUUCUCCAGAUAAUUGGCCUGAUAACUGUGAUGUACAGUUUGGUGAUAUAAAUGUAAGCCGUUUGUCUAAAAUAUUUCAAAUUGAUCAAAGAGCCAGUGUACGAGGAUUUCGUGAAUACAAAGUGUCUUAUCCUUCAGUAAAUACAGACAUUGAACCAUUAAUGACCGCUGUAAAGACUUUGGCUAUUUCUUCUGCUGAAUGUGAACGGUCCUUUAGUUCAAUGAACGAAAUUGUUUCUUCAAAAAGAAGUGUGUUGACUAGUGAUCAUAUUUCAUCGUUAGCUUUCAUUAAUUGUACUGGACCACCAAUUAAUAAAUUCAAUCCCAACAUCUAUAUUAAAACUUGGAUAUUAUCAGGGAAAAGAACUGCAGAUGAACAAUGUUGUCCAAAAAGAAAAAAGAAAGAUGAAGAAGAAUCUUAUACAUCUUUAUGGUUAUGUUUAGAUAAAUAGUUACACAUACUGGCUAUACUUGUACUUAUAACAUUUACAUAGCUUAUGUCACUUAUAAUACCUAUGCGAUAUGAUAAUAUUAUAAUUUAAAUAAAUUAUUUAUUAUUUGUUUUUUUAAUUAAAUGUUUAA